AACGUAACACACUUCUAAGGCCAUACCUAAUGGCUAUAACCACUCUUAUAAACGACAAUCUAAUUAACCUCACCUAAACAUCUUAAAUGAGAGAAACCCAUCUUUUCUACAAUGGAGGAAAUAGACUAUGUGGUAGUGGGCGCUGGAUUCCACGGACUAGGUGCCGCAAAGCAGCUUCACUGCCUUCAACCCGAUAGCUCCAUCGCAAUUUUCGAUGGCGAGCCAUCUUUGGGCGGCAAAUGGGCCGAGAACCGCUUGUUUCAAGGCCUGAAAAGCAACAAUCUCCUGGGGACAUAUGAGUUCCCUGAUUUUCCUAUGGACGGCGAUAAGCUUGGUGUGAAAGCCGGAGAGCAUAUCCCCGGCAAAGCGGUCAACGGCUAUCUAAAAGCGUAUGCUAAGGAAUUUGGACUCCUGGAUUUUCUUUGUCUGCAGACGAUUGUUCUUUCUGCGGAACAUCAUGAUACGGAGACGGGCGGAUGGACUCUAACCCUAAAGCAUACCGGGAUAGAACAGACCAGUAAAGCAUUCGCCCGUCAUCUUGUUAUUGCUACGGGAAUACUGUCACAAGCUUUUAUCCCUCACUUUGAAGGAGAGGAUCGAUUUGGUGGGAAGAUUUUCCAUAGUGGGGAGUUCGGGAAAAAUAGUGAUACCCUGAAAGCGAAGACUGUUACUGUGUUUGGCGCGGGGAAAUCUGGCUGGGAUGCUGUUUAUCAGUAUGCAAAGGCCGGUGUUAAGGUACAUUGGGUGAUAAGAUCGAGUGGCCAUGGUCCGGUCUGGAUGGCACCCGCAUAUGUAACCCCUUUCAAGCAAUGGAUCGAGAAGCUUGCUAAUAUGCGCAUGCUAUCAUGGUUUAGCCCCUGUAUUUGGGGUGAUGCCGACGGGUACUGGUUGAUUCGACAACUCUACCAUGGCACAGCCAUCGGUCGAUCCCUAGUUGACCGAUUCUGGAAUGUGAUGGCCCAAGACGUAAUCUCGAUAAACAAAUACGACUCGCAUCCAAAAACAGCCCUGUUGAAGCCUUGGCUUGAUGUUAUGUUUACCGGAUGCAGCUACAGUAUUCUCAAUUACGAGUCCGACUUUUUCGAGCUUGUGAAAAGCGACAGGGUUGAGAUACACAUCGGAGAAAUCACUUCUCUAAGUCCGGGAAAAGUUCAUCUCGCGGACGGCACGAUAUUUGAGUCCGAAGCUUUCUACUUGAAUACCGGUUGGAAACAUGCACCUCCUAUGAAGUUCUUGCCUAAAGGUAUCGAAAAGGAACUCGGAAUACCUCACGAAAUAGUAGACGAUGCUCCCACCGAAGACUUAGCGAACCAAGUCUCCCUCAUCAAGCGCGCCGACGAAGAAAUCUUGAAUCGCUUCCCAAGACUUCGACAACAGCCAGUGUUCAAUAAGAAGUUCAUCCCCAUAACUGACCAGAAAGGCAUUAGCUUCGACAAAGAAAGCCAAAUGGCAUCAACACCAUACAUGCUCCAUCGCUUCCUAAUCCCACCAUCACCCCGAUUUCUCCGUCCUCGCGAUAUCGCUUUCAUCGGCCUACAAACCAAUUUCAGCAAUAUCACGACCGCCCACAUAAGCGCGCUAUGGAUAAGCGCCUAUUUCACAGGCCAACUAACCAUAGACCCCGCCAAAGCCAUCGACGACGAGGAAGCCCUGGCAAAACUGCGUUACGAAACUAUGUUACACAAUCGCUUCGGAAAAUGGCGGUAUCCCACGGAAUGGGGUAGUAAAGGACCGAAUUUCGUCUUCGACGCUGUGCCAUAUUUCGAUUUACUCCAGCGAGAUCUUGGUCUAAAUCCUUUUAGGAAGGGAGGUUUCUUGGCGGAGAUUUAUAGUUCGUAUGGGCCUGAGGAUUAUCGGCAUAUCACUGAGGAAUGGUUGAAGAAGCAGAAGGGAAGCCAGAUGAACGGAAAGGCUCGGAGUGAAUGAUGUUGUGUGUAUGAUAGUUUCUUUGAUUGUUGUUGGUUUGUGGUAGAGAUAUUACUCAUUGCGCAAAUAGCUUGUCUAAAUGAACGGAGACGGUAUGAGAUAUCUAUGCCUUGAGAGUUCCCUUUCUCUCGCCUCCAUGCUCACAUUAUA